GCGUGAAAUAUCAUCGGCGUCGCGAGGCCAACCUCGGCCGAGCCCUUCGGGGCGAACCAGGAACGUCGUCGACGGGAAAUCCCGUCUUGUCAGGGACGUUUAGUCGCGCGCUUGACUCGCGCGCUUGACGCUACCGACUUCCGGUGGAGACAAGCCCAUGUGGACGGUCGUAGCGAAGACCCAGAUCAGUCCGUGAUCGGUCGUGUUCUCGGUCUGCGCUGUAAUUCACGCGCUCGUCGCACGUCCUAGAUCGUCCCCUCUCGGUUCUCGUGUCACCCGGACUCUGUCGCGUCACCAUGGCCGACUUGGACGACUUUUUCGCUAAAAAGGAUCGGAAGAAGGCCAAGGGCAAGAAGUUCGCCACGACCGACGAGGUCGCCAAGAAGCUGGAGGAGACGGGCAAGCGAAUCGAGAAGCCCAAGCCGAAGGAGAAGCCAACGAAUCCCGAGGGCGAGGAGUCUCAGCACACCGAGGAUGAGGAUGAAUGGAAGGAAUUUGAGGAGGAGAAAAAGGAUUAUAGCGGUCUAAAGAUUGGACACUUGACGAUAAAUGACAGCUUGGAUGCAGAGUCGGAUGACGAGAGGGGCACUGGUGAAAACAGUUCUGAUGGAGAAUCUGGCGAGGGUGGCACAAAACAUACGGGACCAUGGAAGAAGCCAGAUCUACCGCCGGAAGUAGUUCCAGAAGUAACAGUAGCACCGCCAGCACCACCUGUAUCUACGGGAAGUAGUUACAAAGCUCCACAUUUAAGAAAUCAACCUACGUUUACUAGUCCACGACCACGAGGAAGGAAUGUCGCACCUGAUAUACAUAGCGAAGAAUACUUUCCCACUCUUAGCUCCAAGCCUCAGCAAAGUAAUGGCAGCAAUCCAUGGGGCAGAAAACGACGAGAAGAGGGAGCAUUCGAGGAAGUCCGCAACCGAGGCGGCAGCAGGUCAUUUAACACGUCGGAGUCUCAAGUCCAAGUGCCCAAACUUUCCCUGGGCAACAAGUAUGGCGCUUUAUCGCAAGAUCAAAGCUGAAAACACCGAUCAAAUCAAAAUACAUCACAUCAAUAUUG